GCACUAGCAGCAAACAAUCCCUCCAUCCGCCAAGUAUGGAGGCCGACACACCGUGACCAUGAUUCCUGGCGAUGGCAUUGGGCCGGAGCUCAUGCUACAUGUCAAAUCUGUGUUCAGACAUGCCUGUGUGCCUGUGGAUUUUGAAGAGGUCCAGGUGAACUCAAAUGCUGAUGAGGAAGACAUCCGCAAUGCCAUCAUGGCCAUCCGACGAAAUCGUGUAGCUUUGAAGGGAAAUAUUGAAACCAACCAUAAUCUGCCACCAUCCUAUAAAUCCCGUAACAACAUUCUUCGCACCAGCUUAGACCUCUAUGCCAAUGUCAUCCACUGUAAGAGUCUGCCAGGGGUGGUGACUCGCCACAAAGACAUAGACAUCCUCAUCGUGAGGGAGAACACAGAGGGAGAGUAUAGCAGCCUGGAACAUGAGAGUGUUUCAGGUGUGGUGGAAAGCCUGAAGAUCAUUACUAAGGCCAAGUCCCUGCGCAUUGCCGAGUAUGCUUUCCGGCUGGCCCAGGAAACCGGGCGCAAGAAAGUGACCGCCGUGCACAAAGCCAAUAUCAUGAAAUUGGGAGAUGGCCUCUUCCUCCAGUGCUGUAAGGAGGUUGCUUCAGGUUAUCCAAACAUCACUUUUGAGAGUAUGAUUGUGGACAACACCACGAUGCAGCUGGUAUCUCGGCCCCAGCAGUUUGAUGUCAUGGUGAUGCCCAAUCUUUAUGGCAACAUUGUCAACAAUGUCUGUGCUGGCCUAGUCGGGGGCCCGGGCCUUGUGGCUGGGGCAAAUUAUGGGCAUGUAUAUGCAGUCUUUGAGACGGCGACCCGGAACACAGGUAAAAGCAUUGCCAAUAAGAACAUCGCUAACCCUACGGCCACCCUGCUGGCCAGCUGCAUGAUGCUGGACCAUCUAAAGCUCCACUCCUACGCCAGCUCAAUCCGGAAGGCUGUCCUGGCAUCAAUGGACAAUGAAAAUAUGCACACCCCAGACAUCGGGGGCCAAGGCACCACCUCAGAAGCUAUCCAGGACAUCAUCCGCCACAUCAGAGUCAUCAAUGGACAGGCCAUGGACAUCUAGCUCUUGGACACCUACCUGCCUGCAAGGAGAAGCUCCCCCUCCUCACCCCUCCAGUUGUGCUCCUAUUUAUUGGCCCCCCAAUAACCGUUUGCCAGACAGGAAAUUGAGUCUGGACAUAGAUUACCUCCUUCCUCAUCCCAAAUGUGCUUCCCAUUCCCAUUGCUUCAUAGCAUCUGAAAUAAACAGCUGUAUCCUCCUCCA